AUGCCUUCAAAACAACGUAAGUUGUGGCCCCUUCUUGUGACUUACGAAGCAAUUUUCAUUGUGCAAAAGUCUAUCCAGGCGGCAGUUUACAUCUCGUUAAGAAAUUUAAGAAUUCGUGAAACUUACAGAGAAAAUGCCCAGUUUUAUUUCAAGAUCUUGGCAUUUUUCAACUUUGUUCAAUGGGUAGACUGCCUAGUGAAUGUGGAAAGUGACUUGGUUUUGAUCAGAGCAAGGAUUACGUACGGCGAGUGGUUCGUCGUGUUGGAAUUAAUGUACAAAGCGCUCACCAUCGACUAUCGUCUCCUGUGUUCUUUCAUAUUCCUUGAGCAUUCGAUGCAAAUUCAAAACGAAACAGGUGGUGCUGAGACAGCUAACGCCGGCAGAGAAAAUGAAACAGCCUUCAGAAUCUACAAUAUGACCUAUUCAGAUCGCCAGUACAGAAACCUUGGGUAUCUACUGGGAUUUUUCUGCUUUCUCGCUCCAUUCAGCUGCGCUGUUUAUUACGUGCACAACCUUGAGUUGCCUGUCUACAUACGUGUUGCAACGAAUUUCUUAAAUGCCCUCUGUAUUUUUGUAUGUGGGAUGAUUCUUUUGCUAAAGAACAAGCUUGAUUUCGAAAGGAAGGACAAGGAGUCAAUGAGCGUUAAAAUCAUGGCUUGCUGUCUGGGUUCUGUUGGUUUUGCGAGUUUGAUGAUCAAUGCUGCUCUCGCUCAGUUCUGGGCGAGCAGCCAACAUUAUUUACGCAGCUACCAUUGGGCAUGCGCAGAACUGUCGGUUCGCGGCCUCACGGCUACUUUCUUGAUGGUCAUGUUUCUUCACGUGAAUGCUCGCGCCUUACCUUUAAACAAUCCAGAUGUGAAGAUCAACCACUUUCUCGUGCCUGCUCUGAUGCUUGGAGUCAUGGCUAAUUGUGCAGCGUGUUUGGUUGAUCAAUAUUUUGGUCCUCUUGAUAAAAGAAUAAGAUGUGAGAUUACAGGAACGAGUUUGAGGUUGCUGCACGACGCAGGAGAACCUAUGUACCUUGGAUUCCUAAUCCACGUGUUUCUUCAUUUCCUCAUUAUGCAGACACGGAUGGGUCGAUCCAAGAGGUCCCUCCCAGGAAACGAGGAUGCACCAUUGUUGCAUCCGAAUGGAACAGAUAUCGAUGGAUCGUGAAUUUAAGAUCUUCUUAACCUACUGGGCGGACCAAAUGCUGUAACUCUUAAUUUAAAUUUCCGCUCGUGAUCACCCAGCAAAUAAAUCUUUGUGGUCAACUUCGUUUAGUAGCGAUUACAAUGCGAAAAAACUCCCAUUCACUGAAUUUCCAACAUAAAGAAGGAACACUGUCGCGUAAGUAUGGGCUUCAACUAAGGUAGAUUGGAUUUAAAAUAAGAGCGAGGAGCCGUGAAAAUUGCAAAACGAGAAGUAACCACAACCUCCGCGUUCACGUGGUGCCAUUUUCGUGCGCCCAUUUUCUCGUCUGUCUUCAUCAACGGGGAGCCUGGCACAAGCUGUCAUACGCAGCCAACUUGAAGCACUUUGAUUGGUCAAGAGGGU